AGGAGGAGCAGCAGCAGCAGCAGGAGGUGCACACUGACUGCACGCAGCUGCUCGCCCUGAUCGGACUGAAUCUGUGACGCAAGCCGCUGAACGUCCUGGAGCUCUUUGUUAACUCUCCUCCUGGGUGUUUUCGGUUGAAACAACGCAGUGUGCAGUCAGGAGGCAGAAUUAAAUCUAUUAUUAAGUACCGUUAGGGUUAAAAAUGUCUAUAUUACCCUUCACCCCUCCGAUCGUGAAGAGGCUGCUCGGCUGGAAGAAGGGAGAACAGAACGGCCAGGAGGAGAAAUGGUGCGAAAAGGCUGUCAAAAGUCUGGUGAAGAAGCUGAAGAAGACGGGACAGUUGGACGAGUUGGAAAAAGUCAUAACAACGCAGAAUGUCAACACGAAGUGCAUAACCAUACCCAGGUCUUUAGAUGGGCGUCUACAGGUCUCCCACAGAAAAGGUCUUCCUCAUGUGAUCUAUUGCCGCUUGUGGCGUUGGCCAGAUCUGCAGUCUCACCAUGAGCUAAGGGCUGUGGAACUCUGUGAAUUCGCCUUCCACACCAAAAAGGAUGAAGUAUGUGUCAACCCCUACCAUUACCAGAGGGUUGAGACACCAAUUUUGCCCCCUGUCCUAGUACCACGACAUACAGAUAUCCCGACAGAGUUUCCACCAUUGGAUGACUACAGCCACUCCAUUCCAGAGAACACCAACUUCCCAGCUGGUAUCGAGCCUCAGAGUAACUAUAUUCCUGAAACUCCUCCACCUGGGUACCUGAGUGAAGAUGGUGAGACAAAUGAUCCCCAACUCAACCACAGCAUGGAUACAGGUUCACCCAGCCUGUCACCGAAUCCCCUGUCACCAGCAGACAGUAAUCUUGACGUACAGCCUGUGACGUACUGUGAGUCGGCCUUCUGGUGUUCCAUCUCCUACUACGAGCUGAACCAGCGUGUCGGAGAGACCUUUCAUGCCUCUCAGCCUUCACUCACAGUUGAUGGAUUUACAGACCCUUCCAAUUCUGAGCGCUUCUGCCUGGGUUUGCUGUCCAACGUCAACCGCAACUCUGCAGUAGAACUAACACGCAGCUAUAUCGGACGGGGUGUGAGGUUGUACUACAUCGGUGGAGAGGUGUUUGCAGAAUGUCUCAGUGACAGUGCCAUCUUUGUCCAGAGUCCCAACUGUAACCAGCGCUAUGGUUGGCAUCCUGCAACAGUCUGCAAAAUCCCUCCAGGCUGUAAUCUGAAGAUCUUUAACAACCAGGAGUUUGCUGCUCUACUCACUCAGUCCGUUAACCAGGGCUUUGAGGCCGUAUACCAACUCACUAGGAUGUGCACCAUUCGCAUGAGUUUUGUCAAAGGGUGGGGAGCAGAAUACAGACGUCAAACAGUGACCAGCACCCCCUGCUGGAUAGAGCUGCAUCUCAAUGGGCCUUUGCAGUGGCUGGACAAAGUGCUCACACAGAUGGGAUCUCCAAGCAUCCACUGUUCCAGCGUGUCUUAGAAUCAGCACAUUUCUAAGUGUUGUUCCUCUCUCGCUCUCUCUCUCUUCCUCUCUUUGCAGAGCACUUUUCUAUUAGAACAAUUUAGUGUCUCCAGUUGAUGUUUCCUUGUGUUCAGGCACCUCUGUUGUAUAUGUAGCUUAACACGUUUUAACCAGUAUCUUCAUUCAGGUGUCAUACCAAUAACUAGUAUUUUUU